UUGUGAACUUUUUAACUGGAGGGUUACUUGAAAUGACGUCAACAAUCCAUUAAAUGUUAAAUCAUAAUCUUAUUUAAUUACAGAGAAAAUGUCGAAAAAGAGCGGGGAAGCUGUUGAGCCGGUCAAGGUGUUUAAGUGGGAUGGUGUUGCAGUUAAGAACGCUCUUGAUGACGCGAUCAGAGACGUGAUGACAAAAAAGCUGCCAUAUGCCGAGAACCAUCGGCUGAUGGACGGCCGGCUCGUUAUCUGUGGUCUUGCCGUAGGAAUUGCCAUGUUUGCCCUCGCCUGGGACUUCUUCUAUCCCUUCCCUAAGUCGAAGCCUAUUUUGAUCUGCUGUGUUGGCGGAUACUUCUUUCUGAUGGGUAUACUCACCCUAUACACUACAUUCAAGGAGAAGGGAAUCUUUGUUGUCGUAAUGCAGAGAGAUCCAGCAGGUUUGGAUCCUGACAGUACCUGGGAGGUUGCGUCCAAGAUGAAGAAGUUUGAUGACAUGUAUGAGGUUACGAUCAAGCUAAAUGAUGGUAAGACCGGACAAUCCAGAGAGACAGGGUUCAGCAGGUCCGUCGCGGACUUCAUCGACGAGAACGGAGUUAUUUGCCAGGAUAUCAUUGAGACAACUGUAAUGAAGAUGCAUAAUUCCCUGGCCUCUGCUAAGAAGGAUAAAUGAGCUUCCAGCCCUUCGUACACAUCUUCUCAUCUUUCUCCCGCAUUUUCUACACUCACUUGCUAAAUUUUUGGAAGUUUAUGUUUUUGGACAAUUAAUUUUGCGUUUUGAACGUGUUGCAUUGUGAUGAAGCUGGUUUUGGUCUUACUUUUGUGGCAGACUUUGUGUCCAAAACGCUCUAGUUAUACCUGUUUUCAAUAUGAUGGAUCCUUAUUUUUUUAGUUGUAAGAAUAUACUGGUAGAGCUGAAAAAUAGAAGCUAAACCCUUAUGGAUUUAUAACUUUAUUUUACUUAUUUGUUCAUAUUAUUAGGUAUAACUUUUUCAGA